AGCAGUAGUUGAGAUUCACUUGAGAAUAAUAAAAUUAGUAUUUGGGAUUUUUCGAGUGAUUUAUUGUAAUCUCCGCGAGAUUUUGAUGGCCUGGGACUAACUGAAUUGGUUAUGUGUUUUGUGCUCCAAAGUGCUAAUUAAUCGUUGAAUUGGAUUGAAAUUAAGAGACGGAUGGAUGAACUCAUUGCAUUAUUUUUGGGGAAUGGUCAUAUUCAAGUCAGAAGAAGAAGGAAAAGAAAUCAUCGGUUACGUUUGUAUCGCAGGAAAAUAGGUGAUAUUGUAAAUCCUUUCGAUAUCCCCGAAGGAGAAUUCAUCCGACUCUUCAGUUGCAUCGCAGACCCCUUAGCGCACAAUGAGACGACGGCCCCGUCGCACAAUGGCCGAGUGGACAUCACCCCUCAGCCUCCCACCCGCCUGCCUUCCCCCAUCACCCAAAACCACCAGGUCCAGACUCCGUGUCUGGGACCAACCCUAGUCCCCCCCGCCCUCCACCCCCUACAAAGAUUACCAAGCCUACACCCUCUCCGAGAGUUCCCCAGACAGUGGUUCAGAGGCUCCAUUCUCUCUCCCAGGUCACCACGAGCCCCAGCACGUCCACUCCCCCAGCAAAAGUCCACAACAGUCCAGGACAUUCUCCCGAGAAUGGAAUUAACUACCCAACAUCGAAUCUCGUCCCCCGUCCCCUAGAACCCUGGGGUUCUCAGCAGGUCCUCUCUUGCUGACUCACUCCGUCCGGACGCCCCUGCACAGCUGUUCCAGCAGUUGUAUUGUCCUCGAGAAUGAAGAGGUCAACGGUGAUAACUCCUACAUCGACUCGAGUUAUCAGAGCAUCAAGUUCCAUCCGUUUCAACAGACAACCUGGCAGAAGCGUCACAAAGAGGAGUUUGCUAACACAGUGAAUGCUGCAAGCAAUGGAACAAUGAACAAAGAUGGAGAUCAAGCAAUGAGGUCUUGGACUGAUUGGAAAAAAGGUGUCUUAAUCAGGGCAGCAAGAUUGAGAAGUCACGCUAAGGGCACAGGUGGUGGUGAUCCCCUCGACGACGAUUUGGAUACUCUGGAGAAAGAAUUACUGGACUUCUUAGGACCAGAGUCCUAUAGUAUACCCAAUAUUGAGGAAGGUGGCUUCCCAUCACGACAUUCUUCUUCAACUCGAGGAAAUGAGCCUCCCCAGAAGAAGUUUCGAACUGGGAAUAACCGCACCGUGAGGACUGUCAACUGCACAUCUGGUGGUUAUAACCCUGUUACAUCGUUCGCCCACUCAACACACGUACCAAACAAAAAUGGUCCAACGAGAUCUUUAAAUAAUUUGAAAAAUUAUAAUAUUCAGCCACCUGUGGAGAGGUAUGAGCGAAGCUCGUUCGACGGUCCUGGAAUGAAUUGGCUCAGUCGAAGUGGAAAAGACAAUGGAAAUUAUAAGUAUAAGCUGCACACGUCUGCAACAUUUCACGUCAUUUCUGAUGAAGAGGAAAAUCCAUCCUACAUGCACAGCUCCGGCGAAGAGAAGACUUAUAAAGAAUCAGACCAUCGCCAUGCAGACCAUCGCCAUGCAGACAAUCACCAUGCAGACCAUCACCGUGGAGACACGUACGUGGACUUAGAACAACUCGAUGAGGAGCUGGAUCAGGAGUUCCCUGAUGUUUCCGCGGAGAUUGGCAAUUACUUUCCUGAGCACUACGACAAUGAUGUCACAGAAACAUGGCCAAAUGACACAGGUGAUGCAGGUGAUGCAGGACAAAAAUCCGAUGAGACUAAAACUAAAACGACAACUGCCUGUGAUCCAGCCAAAACUGCUGUGGAACUGCUGGAAAAUAAAAUGGAAUUUAAGAAAGAGGAGUCAGAGGCUACUGUGAAAUACAGAGAACAAAAAAUAAAGCUGGAGAUGCAAAUUUUCGAUUUUGAGAAAGAGAAAUUCAGAGUUGAGGGGCAGAGACAUGAGGAGCUUGUUUCUUCAAUCAAACAGGUCAACGACACGCUCGUCGCAUUGCUACAGAAAUUACCAUAAUGGCGUUUAGUGAGUAAUUUUAAGAAUUUCAGAGUCAUCUCACAAAUUCCAAUGAUUAUUGAUAAUUUUCAUGGGCUGAAAAUAGAAUCUUAACGUCCAUUACAGUCGAAAUUUUUUCAAUUCAUUACUGAAGUGGUAAAGGGUAACAUGUUGAUUUUAAUUAAAUAGAACUAGGGGAGCGUGGGGCAAAAUGAAACAGUAGGAAAAUCUAGUAAUCUGACGGAGAUAGAACGAUUUCAUACAGACCUUCUUUGUAGCUUGUAAAAUUCUCUACAAAAAAGGUCUUUAUGAAAAUCGUCUUAUCUCCCUCAGAUUACUAGAUUUUCCUACUGUUUCAUUUUGCCUCGUGUUUCAUUCUGCCCCACCGUCCCUUACAAUUUCUCUUUGCGGCCAAAGUAAAUCGUUUCUUUUUCAACAUUUGUAAUGAAGAACAAUUGAAAAAAAAUUCAUUACUUCGAAUGAAUACUGUAUGAAUCAAAUCAAAUCUAUUGCCACACUUCUUGUGAUUUUUUAUCCCCUUGUAAAUGCACUGAAAUUCCACGGAUUUUCGUAAUUGAAGAUGCACAUUUUCGAAAAAAAAUCAAAUAAUAAAGGAAAUUUCACUACGAAAUUACAUAAAAUUAAAAUAGAAUGAGUUAUGAUAUUGUAUUGAUAAUGAUGUACUGGCGAUAAUCGUAAUGCUAAUGAAUUGAUGGAAAUAAAGUUUCAAGGAUUAA